AUGGACGUCGAUCUCAUCCAGGUCGUCAACCGCCUACAGGAGACCUUCACUGCCAUCGGUGGCGACUCGGUCGACCUGCCACAGUGCGUCGUCGUCGGCUCACAGUCGUCGGGAAAGUCGAGCGUACUCGAAACCAUCGUCGGCAAGGACUUUUUGCCUCGCGGCAGCGGCAUCGUCACCCGGCGGCCCCUCGUCCUCCAGCUCGUACACACCCCCGCGCCCCACGAGUCCAACGCCGCGUCGUCGUCGUCGUCGUCGCCGCCGCACAACGCCGACGCAAACGAGCCGCAGCCCGAGCUGCUGCGCAACGCCGCCGGCUCCAGGCAGGCCACCUACGGCGAGUAUGGCGAGUUCCUCCACCUCGACAAGCGCUUCACCGACUUCAACGAAAUCAAGCGCGAGAUUGAAAACGAGACGUUCCGCGUCGCAGGACAGAACAAGGGCGUGUCCAAGCUGCCCAUCCACCUCAAGAUCUUCAGCCCAAACGUCCUCAACCUCACCCUCGUCGACCUGCCCGGCCUCACAAAGAUCCCCGUCGGCGACCAGCCCUCGGACAUUGAGCGCCAGAUCCGCAGCCUCGUCACCGACUACAUCUCCAAGCCAAACUGCAUCAUUCUCGCCAUCAGCCCCGCCAACGUCGACCUCGCCAACUCGGACAGCCUCAAGCUCGCCCGCUCCGUCGACCCGCAGGGCCGCCGCACCAUUGGCGUCCUCACCAAGCUCGACCUCAUGGACCAGGGCACCCACGCCCUCGACAUCCUCACCGGACGCGUCUACCCGCUCAAGCUCGGCUUCAUCGGCGUCGUCAACCGCUCCCAGCAGGACAUCAACGGCAACGUCUCGAUGCUCGUCGCCCGCCGCGCCGAGGAGGAGUUCUUCCGCUCCCACCCGGCCUACCGCAACAUUGCCCACCGCUGCGGCACAAAGUACCUCGCCAAGACCCUCAACCAGGUCCUCAUGAACCACAUCCGCGACAAGCUGCCCGACAUGAAGGCCCGCCUCAACACGCUCAUGGGCCAGACGCAGCAGGAGCUGGCGGCGUUUGGCGACACCACCUUCCUCGGCGACCAGCACCGCGGCACCCUCGUCCUCAAGCUCAUGACCCAGUUUGCGCGCGACUUUGUCGCCUCCAUCGACGGCACCACGUUCGACCUCUCGACAAAGGAGCUCUGCGGCGGCGCCCGCAUCUACUACAUCUUCCAGGACGUCUUUGGCCACGCCCUCGGCAGCAUCAACCCGACGCAGAACCUCACCGUACAGGACAUCCGCACCGCCAUCCGCAACUCGACCGGCCCGCGCCCCAGCCUCUUUGUGCCCGAGGCCGCGUUUGAGCUGCUCAUCAAGCCCCAGAUCAAGCUGCUCGAGCCGCCCAGCCUGCGCUGCGUCGAGCUCGUCUACGAGGAGCUCAUGAAGAUCUGCCACAACUGCACCAGCGCCGAGCUGCAACGGUUCCCGCGACUGCACGCGCAGCUGAUCGAGGUCGUGUCGGAGCUGCUGCGCGAGAGGCUCGGCCCGACGUCCGAGUACGUCCAGAGCCUGAUCCAGAUCCAGGCGGCCUACAUCAACACCAACCACCCGGCCUUUGUUGCCGACUCGGCCAACAUUGCCCGCGACACGCGCGAGGACCAAGCGCGCAAGCAGAUGGCGCUGACCGCGUCCUCGCGCCGCAAGCAUUCCUUCGACUCGGCCUCGGCGGGCGGCACUGCGACCGACGACGAUGACGAAGACGACGACGCCGCCAACAACAACAACAACAACCGGGGGUCCGCAUCCCGGACGCUGACCGUCAAUGGCGCGUCCAAGACGGGCAGCAAGUGGGAGAGAAAGGAGCGCUCGGCCUCGUCGGCGCACGAGUCGCGGCCGCACGCCAGCUCCAACCCCGAGUCGCGCGUGCACCACACCAUCGGCCACUCUGCAGGCCUGGCCAUGGGGGGCAACGCGGGGGCCGGGAGCGGCGCGGGCGGCGGCGCCAAGGACUCGUUCCUCAACUACUUUUUCGGCGGCGCCUCGGGUCUGCCCGUGGGCGGCGCGGGCGCGGCGAGCGGCUACCAUCCGGCGCCGCCGCGCAACGCGCUGACCGAGUUUUCGGCGCACGGCGCCAACGGCCGGGGCCAGAAGCCCAACGCCAUGUCUGGGCGCACCGGCCUCGAGGGCAACAGCGCAGCCUACGACAUGAAGAGCCUCGACAAGCACCUCGAAGCUACGCCGAUCGCGUCCGAGGAGUACGCGCUGUCGGACCGCGAGGAGCUCGAGACGACGCUGAUCCGCGCGCUGAUCGCGUCCUACUUCAACAUUGUGCGGCAGUCGAUCCAGGACCUGGUGCCCAAGGCGGUGAUGCACCUGCUCGUCAACUUUAGCCGCGAGACGGUGCAGAACCGGCUGGUGGCCAGCCUGUACAAGGACUCGCUGUUCGAGGAGCUGCUGUACGAGGACGAGGGGCUGACGAGCGAGCGGAAGCGCGUCAAGCAGCUGCUCGACGCCUACCGCGAGGCGUUCAACGUCCUGUCCGAGGUCACGUUCAAGCCAUCAGCAUAG